GUAUCCGAUAGCAUUUGCAUUUAUGUGUGUGGGUUGUUUUGUCGUCUAUCCGGCAACACUUGCAAUCCAAACCGAAACAUUCAGCGAAUAUUUCAUCAAAGGUUUACGCAUUCAAAUAGCAGACAGCACGCAGGAGUACUAUGCCAAGAAACUCGUCGGUUUCUCACUGCUUUGUGAAACUGAAAACCUACAGCGCCCAUUCGAAGGGACGAUUUUCCGUCCAAGUCACAUUGUAACGGCUUUGUUUGCUGGCUUAUUCUCCUAUGAUGGCUGGGAUGUAUUAAAUUUUGGUUCCGAAGAAAUUGAGAAGCCAAAGCGGUUAGUACAUUCUUACUGCUGA